AAAUUGUUUCUAUCUCAAAAGUUUUAUUUUACAAUCGGCGCCUUAAAAAUUUUUUUUAACCACUCGACAUCGUUUAUAAAUUACGUAACAUUAUGCCAAAGGUUCCUUGUAGUUGAUCACUUCUCUUUAGUUUGAAGCCAUGUCUAGAGCAACGUUUAUCAAUUUAAGACGAAUAACUAAUACAAACACGUUUUCAAAAAACAGGGAAUGGAAAUUCAUCAGUUUUAUGAAUGGCAAAGAUAUUUUCUAUUCAACUAGUGGUCUUGCAAAAAUAGCGAUAACACCUAAUUCUCUGUAUUCCAUACAAAUACGAACAUUUAUAAAUGUUUUUAAUCCUGGAGUAAAUAAUGAAAAAAAAUAUAAAGAAAAACAAUUGAUUGGAUAUUCUCCUGAGCAAAUGUUUGAUGUUAUUCAAGACACAGAAAAUUAUAAACAUUUUUUACCAUUCUGUCGACAGUCUACAGUCAAAGUUAAAGGAAAAGAUCAUGCUAAAACUUAUUUAGAAAUUGGUUUUCCUCCUAUAAUAGAAAGUUAUGUAUCACAUAUAACAUUUCAACGCCCUCAUAUGAUUAAAGCAGAAUGUCGUGAUGGAAAACUGUUUAAAUAUUUAACAACUCAAUGGAAUUGUGAUCCUGGGUUAAAAGAUAAUCCAAAUACUUGUGUCAUUACUUUUUUUGUGGCUUAUGAAUUUAAAUCACAAUUACAUUCAGCGUUAGCUAAUAUGUUUUUCAAUGAAUUAGUUAAACAAAUGGAACAUGCUUUCUUUGUUGAAGCUGGUCGACGAUAUGGUAAACCUUGUAUAAAAGCCCAAAAACUUAAUAAUUAACUGUAAAUUAAAUAUGUUGUUUAACGAUUCCAAAAGAAGUAACUAAUGAAAGUACUUCCAAGUGAAUAAUUUUUGUUAAAAUUUUAGUGUUGCCUAUUGUUUAUAUUUAUUUUGAAGAGAAUAUCUAGAAAAUUAA